UGGAGGCUGCCCGGUGUCUCUGUGGCAGAGGCUUGUGGUGCCUUUCAGUGUGUCUGUGAGUGCCCGCCCCUGAGCCAUACAGAGGUCCAGCGGCGGCAGCGGGGAGACACAGCCUGGCAGCAUGGGCACCGGCAGCCUGGAUGGACGGACUGUGUGACUGCUAGUGGAUUACUUACUUUCCCUGCUCUGGACUGCCCGGGAGUUGGGAUGUGCUGCUGUGGACUGUGAGGAGGAGGAGGAGGAGAUGCUGUGGAAGGACCGCGCCAGAUCCAUGUGUCCCUCUGCAUCCCCCCACUGCACACACUGAGCGCCCCUGGAUUACCUCUACAGCGCAGGAUGGUGUGGAGAGCAUGAGCAGGCUGUGAAAAUACUGCACUGAAACACAAGAGUGGCUAGACACCUAUUGGCUUUGAGAGCGGGUGAAAUCAAGCCUUCCUAAGCAUGCAGGUGCCAAGCUGUCAGAUGAUGAACUUUGCCAGGCCAGUGCUGGUACUUCUGUGCUUCCUACUCCAUGCUGAUGCUGAAACUCCACCAAGGUUUACAAGAAGCCCUGUUGAUCAAACAGGAGUAUCAGGGGGAGUUGCGUCGUUUAUUUGUCAAGCGACCGGAGACCCCCGACCGAAAAUAGUUUGGAAUAAAAAGGGAAAGAAAGUCAGCAACCAGAGAUUUGAGGUUAUAGAAUUUGAUGAUGGAUCUGGUUCCGUCCUAAGAAUACAACCUUUACGAACACCAAGAGAUGAGGCAAUAUAUGAAUGUGUUGCAUCCAACAGUGUUGGAGAAGUUAGUGUGACCACCAGGCUCAUCGUAUUACGUGAGGAUCAAAUUCCCCGUGGUUUUCCUACUAUUGAUAUGGGCCCCCAAUUGAAAGUGGUGGAGCGCACACGAACAGCCACCAUGUUAUGUGCAGCCAGUGGAAACCCAGACCCUGAAAUAAGUUGGUUUAAAGACUACCUACCUGUUGAUACAAGCAACAGUAAUGGACGCAUAAAGCAGCUACGAUCAGGUGCACUACAAAUUGAGCAGAGUGAAGAAGCUGACCAGGGAAAAUAUGAGUGUGUUGCAACCAACAGUGCUGGGACACGGUAUUCGGCUCCGGCAAAUCUAUAUGUAAGAGAGCUGCGAGAAGUUCGGUUCGGAAAUGCUCCCAGGUUUUCUAUCCCUCCCACAAAUCAUGAGAUCAUGCCUGGAGGAAGUGUCAAUAUUACUUGCGUUGCUGUCGGGUCAAUGCCCUAUGUGAAAUGGAUGUUGGGUGCUGAAGAUUUGACUCCAGAGGAUGAUAUGCCAAUUGAGAAUGUACUGGAGCUUACAGAUGUCAGGCAGUCGGCUAAUUAUACAUGUGUUGCAAUGUCUACUCUUGGUGUUAUAGAAGCAAUAGCACAGAUAACUGUUAAAGCCUUACCAAGGCCUCCUGGAACUCCUGUGGUGACAGAAAGCACUGCUACAAGUAUCACGCUAACCUGGGAUUCUGGAAAUCCUGAGCCUGUAACAUAUUAUAUAAUCCAGCACAAACCGAAGAGUUCUGAAGAACAGUAUAAAGAAAUUGAUGGUGUAGCUACAACACGGUAUAGUGUUGCUGGCCUUAGUCCUUAUUCGGAGUACGAAUUCAGAGUGGUUGCUGUAAACAACAUAGGACGUGGCCCACCCAGUGAGGCAGUUACCACAAGGACUUCAGAACAAGCCCCAUCUAGUGCUCCUCGAAAUGUGCAGGCACGAAUGCUGAGCUCAACCACUAUAUUGGUUCAAUGGGAAGAACCUGAGGAACCCAAUGGACAAAUACAGGGCUAUAGAGUUUAUUAUACUAUGGACCCAACCCAACAUAUUAAUAGUUGGACAAAAUAUAAUGUAGCCGAUAGUCAUACCACUAUAGGAAACUUGGUGCCUCAAAAAACGUACUCGGUGAAGGUCUUAGCCUUUACUUCAGUUGGGGAUGGACCAUUAUCUAAUGAAAUUCAAGUCAUCACACAGACAGGAGUUCCCAGUCAACCACUAAACUUCAAAGCAGAAGCAGAGUCAGAAACAAGUAUACUACUGUCCUGGACUCCGCCACGUUCUGACACAAUAUCCCGCUACAGGCUGUAUUAUAAAGAAGGGGAUCAUGCAGAGAGGUAAAUUCAGUCUGUCAACAUUGAUCCAGCUACAUCAUUUCGACUGCAAAGCCUGAAGCCAAACACUUUGUAUUACUUCCGAUUAGCUGCUGAGGCUUUACUAGGCCUUUGUGCUUCAACAACCGAAAUCUCAGCCAAAACCCUACAGUUCAAGUAGCCAUCAGCUCCUCCACAAGACAUACGAUGUAAAAGCCAAAGCUCUACCAGCAUCUUGGUAAGUUGGCCCCUCCCACCACCAGAGGACAAACAGAAUGGAGCUAUCACAUCAUAUUCCAUCCAUUAUUCUGCCCUUGAUGAGAAGAUAACAAGCCCCAUGAAAUUGGCAGGCAUUUCCUCAGACACUAGGCAAUACCUUUUGGAACAACUGGAAAAAUGGACUCAAUACCAUAUCUCUAUGAUUGCUUACACUGAUGUUGGACGCCCUGAAAGUUCUUCAAUAUUGGUUCGGACAGAUGAAGAUGUUCCUAGUGGUCCUCCUCGCAAAGUCGAGGUAGAGGCUGUGAACUCGACAUCUGUUAAAGUGUUCUGGCGCUCAUCUGUGUCUAACAAGCAACAUGGCCAAAUACGGAUAUCAUUGCAUUAUGUGAGGAUGGAAAAUGGAGAAUCCAAAGGCCCGCCAUGCUCAAGGGACGUUAUGCUGGCUGAUGCACAGUGGGAAUAUGAUGAUACUGCUGAACAUGAAAUGAUCAUCUCUGGACUGCAGCCUGAAACAGCAUAUGCCAUCACUGUGACAGCUUACACCACAAAAGGGGAUGGUGCUCGGAGCAAGCCGAAAGUUGUGACAACAAGUGGUGCAGUUCCAGGUAGACCUCGACUUGUUAUCAACCACACUCAGAUGAACACUGCUCUUGUUCAGUGGUAUCCACCUGUAGAAACCUUUGGCCCGAUCAUGGGUUAUCGUCUAAAGUAUGGUCGCAAAGAUAUAGACAUUCUUACCACUCUAGAGUUCUUAGAAAAAGAAGACCACUUUACUGCCAAAGAAAUCCACAAAGGAGCCUCCUAUGUAUUUAAAUUAUCAGCCAGAAAUAAAGUGGGCUUUGGAGAAGAAAACAUCCAAGAAAUCACUAUUCCAGAGGAGAUACCAACUGGAUUCCCUCAAAAUCUUCACUGUGAUAGCAUGUCAUCAACAUCAGUGCAAAUAACUUGGCAACCUCCAAUCCUAGCAGAAAGAAAUGGUGUCAUCAUGAAAUACACCCUCCUGUACAGGGAUAUCAACAAUCCAUAUAAUCCAUUUGAAGUUCCUAUUGUUCCUGCUGACACAACCGUGACUCUCACUGCAUUAAAACCUGAUACCUUUUAUGAUGUUAAAAUACGUGCUCAUACCAGCAAGGGUCCUGGUCCUUUUAGUCCAAGUGUCCAAUUCAGGACGCUGCCAGUAGAUCAAGCAGUGUUUGCAAAAAAUUUUCACGUAAAAGCUGUGAUGAAGACAUCGGUAUUGCUGUCAUGGGAGAUUCCAGAAAAUUACAACUCUGCAUUGCCUUUUAAAAUUCUGUAUGAUGACGGGAAGAAGGCUGCUGAAGUUGAUGGUCGGGCCACACAGAAGCUCAUUAUCAAUCUAAAACCUGAAACUCUAUACUCCUUUGUCCUGACUAAUAGAGGAAAUAGUGCAGGUGGACUGCAGCACAGGGUGGCAGCAAAAACUGCACCAGAUGUUCUCCGAACCAAGCCAGUUUUUAUUGGGAAAACCAAUUCAGAUGGCAUGAUAACUGUGGAGUUGCCUGAAGUUCCUGCCAAUGAAAAAAUAAAAGGCUAUUACAUUGUCAUUGUCCCUUUGAAGAAGUCACGUGGAAAGUUUAUUAAGCCCUGGGAGAGCCCAGAUGAGAUGGAAUUAGAUGAGCUUUUAAAGGAUAUUUCAAGGAAGCGAAGAAGUGUUCGGUUUAAGAGAGAAGUUGAAUCAAAACCUUACAUUGCAGCUCACUUUGAUGUUCUUCCAACGGAGUUUACCCUAGGAGAUCAGAAAAAUUAUGGUGGCUUUGAGAACAAGCAACUGCAGAAUGGACAAGAAUAUGUGUUCUUUGUUCUGGCAGUAAUAGAGCACACUGAACUGACAAUGUAUGCUACAAGCCCUUAUUCGGAUCCAGUAGUAUCAAUGGAGCUUGAUCCCCAACCAAUGACAGAUGAAGAAGAGGGCUUGAUUUGGGUUGUUGGACCAGUUCUAGCUGUAGUGUUCAUCAUCUGUAUUGUGAUAGCAAUCCUUCUGUAUAAAAGGAAGAGGACUGAAUCUGAUUCCAGAAAGAGUAGCUUACCCAACAAUAAAGAGAUCCCUUCACAUCAUCCCACUGAUCCUGUAGAACUCAGACGUCUUAAUUUUCAAACCCCAGGUUCAGGUGCCGCCGGUUACCCUGGUAACCCCCAUUCUUCAAGCAUGGCCAGCCACCCACCUAUUCCCAUUAUGGAGCUUGCGGAUCACAUUGAAAGGUUAAAAGCUAAUGACAACUUGAAGUUUUCUCAAGAAUAUGAGUCUAUUGACCCAGGGCAACAGUUCACAUGGGAGCACUCUAACUUGGAAGUUAAUAAACCAAAGAAUAGAUAUGCAAAUGUGAUUGCAUAUGAUCACUCACGUGUGCUGCUUUCAGCCAUUGAAGGCAUACCAGGAAGUGACUAUAUAAACUCCAAUUACAUUGAUGGUUACAGAAAGCAAAAUGCCUAUAUAGCAACACAAGGACCUCUUCCAGAAACCUUUGGAGAUUUUUGGAGAAUGAUGUGGGAACAACGUAGUGCCACCGUUGUAAUGAUGACCAAACUGGAAGAGAGGUCAAGGAUAAAAUGUGACCAGUACUGGCCAAGCAGAGGUACGGAAACAUAUGGCUUUAUCCAAGUGACUCUGCUGGACACAGUAGAACUUGCCACUUACUGUGUCAGGACCUUUGCUCUUUACAAGAAUGGAUCAAGUGAAAAGCGAGAAGUCAGACAGUUUCAAUUUACAGCAUGGCCGGAUCAUGGCGUUCCAGAACAUCCAACACCUUUUCUAGCAUUCUUGAGAAGGGUGAAAACAUGUAAUCCUCCAGAUGCGGGGCCAAUGGUGGUACACUGCAGUGCUGGAGUGGGCAGAACGGGCUGCUUCAUUGUAAUAGAUGCCAUGCUGGAGAGGAUACGGCAUGAAAAGACUGUAGAUAUUUAUGGUCAUGUGACGUUAAUGAGAGCGCAGAGGAAUUACAUGGUUCAAACAGAGGACCAGUAUAUCUUUAUCCAUGAUGCUCUGCUGGAGGCAGUGACAUGUGGAAAUACCGAAGUGCCAGCUAGAAACCUGUAUGCUUAUAUUCAAAAGCUGACACAGAUCGAGCCUGGAGAGAAUGUCACAGGGAUGGAGUUAGAAUUUAAGCGCCUCGCAAGCUCGAAGGCUCACACCUCACGGUUUAUCAGUGCCAAUCUUCCAUGUAAUAAAUUUAAAAACCGCCUUGUUAAUAUUAUGCCAUAUGAGUCCACAAGGGUAUGUCUACAGCCCAUCCGUGGUGUAGAGGGCUCUGACUAUAUCAACGCAAGUUUUAUUGAUGGAUAUAGACAGCAAAAAGCCUAUAUAGCAACUCAAGGUCCCUUGGCUGAGACAACAGAAGACUUCUGGAGGAUGCUAUGGGAACAUAACUCAACAAUUGUGGUUAUGCUAACAAAACUUAGAGAAAUGGGCAGAGAAAAAUGUCAUCAGUACUGGCCUGCCGAACGUUCUGCCAGAUAUCAAUACUUUGUAGUGGAUCCAAUGGCAGAAUAUAACAUGCCACAGUAUAUUCUACGAGAAUUUAAAGUAACAGAUGCUCGGGAUGGCCAAUCACGAACUGUCAGACAGUUUCAAUUUACUGACUGGCCAGAACAAGGGGUGCCAAAGUCUGGAGAAGGAUUCAUUGACUUCAUAGGACAAGUGCAUAAAACAAAAGAACAAUUUGGACAGGAUGGCCCGAUAUCUGUCCACUGCAGUGCUGGUGUUGGAAGAACUGGAGUAUUCAUUACAUUAAGUAUUGUUUUGGAAAGAAUGAGAUAUGAGGGUGUUGUAGAUAUCUUCCAGACUGUCAAAAUGUUGAGAACACAACGACCUGCAAUGGUACAGACAGAGGACCAGUAUCAGUUCUGUUACCGAGCGGGUCUGGAAUAUUUGGGCAGUUUUGAUCACUAUGCAACGUAGAAGUUUUGGCCCAUCCUGGAAAGUUCCUGCAGGCCCUUCCAAGAUCCAGAGAGCCUCUUCUGAGCCAUAAGGUGUGCUUUGGAAGUAUUUCUUAACUCCUAGCUAAAGACCAAUCACAGCAAUUGGAUAAUAAUAAAAAACAAACAAACAUAAAAACAUUUUUUUCUGGAUGGACCAAGAAUACACAGAUAAAUAUUCUAACCUAAGCAAAUUAUAUCAAUCCUGACUGGUGAGAAAUCUGAAGGAUUCAUUUCACCAACCAACAUGUCUCAAAGAAAAAGCUGGCAAUGAAGGAACAAUGUGAAAUCCACAAGGAACCAUUAUCUUUUCUGAGACUGCAUGAGUGUUCAAAAAUGAAUCUUAGGAGUACACAGCAGGAUGUUUAACAAAGCAUUGGGCUCCUAAGACAAAUGCAAUCUUUGCAGCGAUAUUGACCCUUCUCCAUUGAUGAUCACGAUAAUGCGUUAGUGAAACAAAUAAGUGGGAAGUGUCUAAAGAAAAUCAAAGUCAUUUAUUUAGUUUUUUAGUAUUGUAAAGAUACUGCUGACCUGUGCUUCAUUAUUAACUGUGUAAACUUUCUUUUCUUUUCCUUUUUUUUUUUUAACAAAACGUUUAUAAGGAAGUGAAUAAAACAUAAACAUAUUGCAUAACUGUUCAUUUUUCGAUCAAGAAUUGUAUUUUUUUUAAUGCGGUAGAACUGUUAUAUGUAAUAAUUCUCAUUAGAAAUAGACAUUGAAAGUUUUUGCACACAUUUGUGCAGCCCUGACAUUUAACCAUACCAUAAUUUUUAUCAUAUAUUUCAUUUACACUUUUUUGCCAUUUUUAAUAUAUAUAUAUAUAUAUAUAUUUUUUUUUUUUGCAUCAAAACAAGCUAUUUUUUCAUCUUGUUUAGAAUCAACAGGGAGUUGCAAAGUAUAAAGCUGCUGCAAUCAUAUAUUGAAGUAUAUAUAGAUAUAUAUACACACACAUCUAUCUGUUCUUCCAUGAUUUUCAUGAUUUUGAUCAAUGGGGAGAUAUUUAAGAACCAUGAGACCAUUUCAUCAACCGGAAGGCUUGCAUUUCCAGUGUGUAAUUUUUUUUUUUCUUUUAAUCAUAAAGAAAUGAGGAAUGCACAUCAGUGAUAUCCUAGGUUCACUUCCGAAUAUAUUUAUUCACAUUUCCAUGUGCUCACAUUCGUAUGUACUUCGUUCCGCCGCUCAAUAUUUUAAACUCUUUAGUGCAAUAAUGAACCAUCUUGUAUAUUAUACAGGAUAUGUGCAUGCAAGAAAUGUCAGUGUUUAUCAGAGCGAAACUAUUGUAUUAUACGAUGUAUGAACAGGUUUUCAAGCAAAUUGUACUCAGUCACUUAUUAUGCGUGGUAUACGAUUACAUGUGUCAUUUGUAAAAUAUGUAAAAAAAAAAAAACAUAAAUGCAAGAAAAAAAUAUCAAAUCAAGGGCAAAGCCAAAAAAAACCUAUCCUGCUUAAUGGAUAUAAUUUAGUUUCAUGGCAGUUUGUAAACGCUGCUUAGUUUAUGAUUUUUUUCCUUGCUUUUGCAUUUAGAGUGCCUUAUAUUUGAUGCUUUUGAGCAACAUUCUGUUUAACCAUUGCCAGUCUUUUUUCCCAUAAUAAUAUCAUUUCUAUAUGUUGAGAAAAAUAGAAUUGAAACUGCUUUUAUGCUAUAUGCAGUUAUUUUUUUACCCAGUAUCAUUAUGCAGGAGCUUAGUAUUAUUCCAAGCCCUUCUAUAUUAACAGAAGCAUAUUAUUUUAAGAGUAAACUGCCUAUACAUUUUAUAACCAUUGCCGAUUUAUGCAUCAGUGCACGGUGCAGGCGGCUGUCUUAUGGUCUCGAGCAGCAUGUGGAAUCACUUGUGGUAUUGCUAAAAACACAAUGUGCACAAGUAGUCAUACACAAGCUCAUGGUGAAAUUAUAGGCCGCAUUAAUAAUGGGUUUAUAUUGGUAAACAAUAGUAUCACUUCUUACCAAUGAAUCAGAAUACCCGUAAGCUUUGUUCCGCCCUCAAAAUGGUUACCUUUCUGUGUAACAGCAAUGUAUGGCCAUAAAUGGACAUCUGAACCGAAAAAUGCCAUUUGAACAGUACACUCUGGCACUUUAUUGAUGCCAAAUCAUGCCUACCUUACUUGCAAAUUUUGAUUUAAAAAAUGUAUUUUAUUUCCAUAAGACCAGACAUAUAAAUUAUUGUAAAUCAUACAAUAAACAGUAGAUGGGAAUGUCUUGAUUUCUGGACCUCUUAUCUGCACUGUAGUGAAUUUUUCACAUGUAUCUACGAUUUGUCUGGCAGCCAUUUUGAAAUUCAGACUCUGUGGAGGGUUGCGUCAUAGCACUUUUGUAUAACUAAUAAUAAUAAUAAUAAUAAUAAUAAAGGAAGGCUACCUCUGAUUAAAAAAAUAUUAAAACAACAUAAAAAGAAUGUGCUUUUCUUGGGGUAUCUGCUAUUUUCUCAUGUAGACAGUAUUCUUUAUACAUGAACUGUUCUAAACUUGUCUGUUGAGUAUUUGCAUUUAUGAACCAACGUGUUUAUCUCUGUUAUCAGACAUAUCAUAUUUUUCUAGACGCACAUUCUGCAACAGAUAUUUUCAAGCGUUGUAGUAUAAGUAAUUUUUUGCUUAUAUCCACUCAAAUAUAAUGUAGUUUCAGUUCCAAUCAAUGAUGUGCAUUCCACUUUCUGUUAUUAAUUGUACGUGGUACGUUAUUUAAAAAUCAUCUUUAUCUGCAAAAUACAUCAAAGGCAGAAAAUGCAUUAUUGGUACGGUGCUAUUAUUUACCUAUAUCGGUAUAGUUAUGUAUCAUUUUGUAAUUAGUUACAUUGACAAAAAACAUAAACAUAAUUUGUAUAGAACUUCAUAUUAGCACUGUAUUUUUGUCUUUUUUCCUUUUUCUUUUUUUCUGUCUUUGUGUUUUUUAAUGCACAAUACAGUACUACAGAAUUAUGACUUAAAGAUGGCCCUUUGGGGAGAAUUGCACUUU